AUGCCUCAGCGGAGAGCUAGACACUCCUCUGUUUGCACGUUUUGCAAGCGAAGAAAAACAAAAUGCGACAAGGGCAAUCCGUGCAGCACCUGUGUCAAGUACAACAAUCCCAAUUGCGAGUACCCAAAGGAUUUACCCUCUGUUUCUUCUCCUCCAGUCAGGCGCUCUUCGGAUGAGUCCACCUACGCUGAGACAAUUAUGAAUGGCUUUUACAACAACACAAGACCCCAGAUCAAGAAAAGCCCAUCGGUUUCCUCCAAGCUGAUCACCUCCCCGGACCAGGACGGUGUAAGCUUAAACCAUCAAGACAACCGCAAUGGCUCCAUGUCGACACCUUCAGAUGUUCAGACAGAGUUGGAGAUGCUUAAACGCAAGAUUUCCAUGCUCGAGAAUUCUGUGAAGAUGUCCAAAUCGUCUGAUGACUCGCAAAUAUGGAGCGGUAGGCCUGAUGACCUCUCGUACUUGGUUGGAUACCACCCAUAUGCAUCGGAGAACGAGGAGUUUUCAUUUCAUAACCGCUAUCUGCCAUUUUUCAACCACUGUAUGGGCUCUCCUCGUCACUAUGGUCCUCUUAGCUGGAUUGCCCUAGUAAAGAUUGACAAUGCCAUUAACGGUAUCUUGCCAUAUCAGUACAGAAAUGUUCAAAUGAAAAGACAAUUCAUGAGGGAUCUAGAUCAGGGUGAAGCUCAACCAUCAGAUAAACUAUUCAAGGACAAGAUCUAUAAAAGCGAUGUUUCCAAUGAUAUGUGGGUGAAGGAUUUGCGUUCUACCCCGCUAGAAAGGCAAAAAUACAAAGAGAGGAUCAACGAAAGAGCGAAGGCUAUUGGUCUCACCUCGUACGAAGGGGGCCUCGACUCUUCAUUGCAUCUUCUUGACAAGAUCGAGUUAAUCUUACCAAACAAAAAAGUCAUUUGGCUUUUGCUCGAUCGUUUCUUCGAUAGAGUCGUGGUAUACUUCCCUUUCGUCGAUGAGAUGGAUUUUCUCGAUCAUAUGGAACGAAUUUUAGGGCCAAGAACAUACGAAGAGGUCAAGAUCGACAAGCUCAAUGUCGAGAAGAAGACAGACUUCCCACAGCUAGGGAUGCUUGUUCUAUUUCUUCGAUUCGCGUAUUUGACGUUAUUUUCCAAUAAGCAAGCUGAAAAUGAAGCCAAACUCAACUCGAUCGACCCUUCACCAGAGGCUCAAAUAGAGAGAUAUCUAAUGGAAAACCCAAUUGACAUGGAUAUUUUAGGAAUAGCCGAAGGUUGUUUGCAGCAAUUCAGCUUUUUGCGAUACUGCUCACUCCCGAUAAUUCAAUUGGCGUUGUACAUCAAGCUAUAUUACAUGUACUCACCGGAAAAUGGCGAGGUACCAGAAGACUCACAUUCGCAAUCAUACACCGCAUUAUUGGUCAACAUGGCAAUCAGUUUAGGCUUACAUCGUGAUCCUGAUAAUUUUGAGGCGCAUCCCCUUAGAAAUGAUAGAAUCAACAAUCUUUGCAGGAAGAUCUGGUACUACUUGUUAAUCUUCGACUUAAACGGUGCCCUCUCUAACGGUACUCCAGUAUGCAUAAGCAAAAAUCUGUUUGAUACGAAGCCUCCAUACCAUAAACCUGGAAAUGAGAAUUUGAGGAAUCCAGAGGCCGAGAGGAUCGUCAUAGAGACGUUCUCGAGACUUGAAUUAGGCUAUACCCCAUUGAACAAUGCGAUUCAGUUUAUUGUCUCUAUUCCCUCCAUUCCUAUGCCGAAUUUGACAAGUAAACUUAAUGACUUGGAGGUCGACUUUGUCAAAGAGUUGACCGAUUUCAAGGACGCGAUAAAACAGGAGCAAUCAUUGGCAGAGAAAAGAGCUAAUGUCUGGAGAACAAAAAUAUUCUUCCAAGCGAAUUAUUUUUUCCUUAGUAUCAAUUUCCAUUUGUUUAAUUACUAUGAGAAAAAGAAUAACUUUGACUUGGCUUAUUUCUAUCUAAAGAAAGUUAUCGUGGUGGCAGUGUACAAUACAAUGCCAUUCUGCGAGGACUUUAUCGAGAAUAGCGCCAAGUUUUUCGAGGGUACUACUGAUCUAAUCACAUAUCCGUCAUUUCAAACUCUUGCUCAUAAGUGCAUGAUUGUGCUUGCAUCGAUUAUGGCAAGGGCAAGAUUUUCGGUGCUAUUUUUUGAGGCCCUCCCAACUCACAACAGCAGCCUUUUGACAGACCCGGAUUACAAAGCACGUUACGAGCUCAUUCAGCGGACAUAUAAUUUGGGUUAUAGGUGCUUGAGGGUCAUCACGGAUACAUCGUCCACAUUAUGUAGCAGGUACUACUAUAGUUGGAGGUGCGUGAAAGCCCAAGCUGUCUUAAGACAAACAUUCAACGGAACUGAUUUCUACUUGAACUGGAGUAAGGGAAAGGAAUGCUAUAUGAAAUUUUCCAAUGAGAUGCUUGAAGAUCUUAAUGAGAUUCUUCAAAGUGCAUUGGAAAAAGUUAGAAAUCCUAGGGCGACGGCUCCAGAUCCAAAUAGUGAUCAGCAUGAAGUUCAGCCAGACGGUGCGUCUACUGUCAACACGGAAGUCACUUUGCCGAAUACAGCCGACGAGGCACCACUCAAUGUUACCUACAACUCGAAACUUCCUUCUGUUGGUCCAAACAUCAACAUCAAUGUACCAUACCAGUCUCAAGAAAUUGAUCACUUAUGGAUGCUGAUGAUGUCCGAAAAACCAGAUAGAUCCAUCAGCAACCUAUAUGGACGUACACCACCGUCUAUGGAGAUCGACUUCGGAUUGGGAACUUUUGACCACCUCAUAUUUGACAACUGGGAUACCGCAUUCGAUAACAUUGAUUUGACAGGAGAGACUGCGCCAGAAAAUUUGAGCUUUUUAGACUCACAGAAUCUCGAAGAAAUUAUCAGGCUGGGCCCAUGA